AGUCGGCCGAGUUACAUUUCUGGAGAAUUUCGUAAGGGAUUUAAAGACGAGUGAAAAUUGUAGUGUACACUUUAUUUCGUACAGGGAUAAAAGGAAACGCCGAAGAAAAUUAGGAAAAAUAACAUCACACAUUUCGGUUUACUGAAUUUCAUCAAAAGUGUCACGAUGCCUCGAUCGUUCCUGGUGAAGAGCAAGAAAUGCGCUUCGUAUAACACACACAAGUUCGUCGAAGAAGCCGAACCAAGGGUAUUUCCUGAAGUAAUAUAUAAAUCAAUUGAAGCAGCGGUGCCGCCAUCGCCUGACGCCCCGGAGCACGCCUCUCCGCCGGAGCCUACACCUGAAGGCUCCCCUUCUCCGCCGGGCACCUAUGUCAAGAGCGAGCGGGAGUCCGAGUGCUUAGUUCCCGCUCACCCAGAGCCAACUGCCGCCCCCAUCUUAUCCAGGCCGUCUUACUAUGCCUCUGAGCCUCACAUCCCUGAGUUUCCCCCUUAUUACAAGCCCCCCUACAGCUGGGACCCCCUGUCCUCACCAUAUGACUUCCGCCAGAUGGGGUUUCCUAACACCCUGUUGCAACACCCCAGCACCCUGUAUGGUGCACACAUCAAGCCCAGCCCAGAGCCCCCCCAGCCCCUGGACUGCAGCACCCACUACUCCCCAGCCUCCGACACCUACCACUGCAUCACCUGCGACAAGGUGUUCUCCACACCCCACGGACUGGAGGUGCACGUCCGCCGCUCCCACAGUGGCACCAGGCCCUACGGAUGCAGCAUUUGUCGCAAGGCCUUUGGUCAUGCGGUCAGCCUGGAGCAGCACAUGAAUGUCCACUCCCAGGAGAGAAGCUUCGAGUGCAAGAUGUGUGGGAAGACAUUCAAGCGCUCCUCCACUCUCUCCACCCACCUGCUGAUCCAUUCGGACACGCGGCCCUACCCCUGCCAGUACUGCGGCAAGAGGUUCCACCAGAAGUCUGACAUGAAGAAACACACCUACAUCCACACAGGAGAGAAGCCCCACAAAUGCCAGGUGUGUGGCAAGGCCUUCAGCCAGAGUUCCAACCUCAUAACGCACAGCCGUAAGCACACGGGUUUCAAGCCCUUUGGCUGCGAGAUCUGUGCCAAGGGUUUCCAAUGCAAGGUGGACCUGAGACGGCACCACGAGAGCCAGCAUGGGCUCAAGUAGGGUGGGGAUUCUGGAUCGUGCAGCUGGUGCAAGAGAGAGGUCGAGGGAGAGCGAGAGAGAGAGAGAGAGAGAGAGAAAUCGAUGGACAUCCACCCAGUCUGUCAUCCGAAGUAUCCCCCUUCUACGUGACCCCUUCAAAAGUGCAGCCCUCUCAGAGGUAAACAAGACUUUGUGGUUCCGGGCACAGCAUGGACACAAGCUGGACGUCGCUGAACAGGAAGUGCGCAGAAUCAGUCUCGCGGCAUCGGCGUGUGUGCACGCGUAUGUGCACGUGACCACACUCAGUGGGGAUGAAACCGAUUAUUCGCUUCUGCUGAAUGUGAUAAGACCAGCGCUCUCCAGCAACACUGCGGGCAAAUGUGAGGAAAGGGCACUGAACUAUCACAAGUACUGACAGCAGUGUCUGAUUAGUUGACAAAGACCUACAAAAUGGUGAAGACAUUUUCUUAACAUGUGUUUUCUCUUUUUCUUGAGCAAUGAUUAUGGAUCUUGAAUACUGGUAGAUCUUUUGGCUGAAGGUACAAACCAAAGGUCUAUUGAUUUAAAUACUAGCAGGGCAACUUAAACUGGGUGCUUAGCAUGAACUGCAAAAUAUAUUAACAACUGUAUAAAUAUGUGAAGAAAACAAAGGUUGCUUUUGGAUUUAAAAAAAAAACCUUUGCUAAGCAAAUAUGUAAUGUUAGGGCUAGCGUGAAUCGGAUUGUAAUUCUGACAACCAUAGCAAACGUGUUUCCCUGUGAAGACCACAAAUGUAGCUACCGCCCUAUGCGUCUAAAGGAAGACAAAUAAGUGAUGCAAUAAUGAUAUUUUCAACUCAAUAAGAAGUAUUUUUCCAUUUUUUGCAUCUUUUAGGACAUGUAUUGUGAUACGGGUUUCCUGGGGGGUGGGGGGUGGGUGUAACAUUCCGGGUAGUUGCAUAUGUAAGAAAAAGCAUUUUAUAGACUAACAAGUUGUAUUAUUUAUAUUAAAAAAGUGAAGCAUUGUUCUGUGACGUCUGAAUAAAUAUAUCCUUUAGGAAUAAAAAGCACAUUUUUAAAUUA